GCGAGGGACUGGGGAGAGAAACGGGAGAGGCAGGAGGGGGAGAGAGACUGGGCUGCUGCUGCUGCUGUGUGGCUGUUUCUUUACACUCGCUGGCAGGCUUGGUGCCGGCUCCCUCGCCUCCCGCCAGCCUGGGAAAGUGGGUUACAGAGCGAAGGAGCUCAGCUCAGACUCUGGGAGAGGAGCAUCCAGCCGCCGAGAGACGGAGCAGGAACCCCUUCCCGUGGCUUUCUCUUCAUCUUUUCUAGAGGGUUUUAUGUUUGUUCUCUCUCUCUCUGUCUUGAAAUUUUGUUGCUUUGACUUUUCCCCCCUUCUGCCUGGGCUUUAUGAGGGCUUUGUUAAGUCUUAGAGGGAAAAGAGACUGAGCGAGGGGAAGAGAGAGGCAAAGUGGAAAGGACCACAAACUGGAAAAGCCCGUUCUGCCUUCGCGGCCGAUGCCAGCCCUCUGUUUGUAAAGCCCUCUCCUCCGCGAGCAGCGCGCACACACACCCCUCCGGAGCACGCGGCGGACCCACAACUCCGCGUGGCCACCAUGGUCGGGAGAGUUCAGCCUGAUCGGAAACAGUUGCCGCUGGUCCUACUGAGAUUGCUCUGCCUUCUUCCCACAGGACUGCCUGUUCGCAGCGUGGAUUUUAACCGAGGCACGGACAACAUCACCGUGAGGCAGGGGGACACAGCCAUCCUCAGGUGCGUUGUAGAAGACAAGAACUCGAAAGUGGCCUGGUUGAACCGUUCUGGCAUCAUUUUCGCUGGACAUGACAAGUGGUCUCUGGACCCCCGGGUUGAGCUGGAGAAACGUCAUUCUCUGGAAUAUAGCCUCCGAAUCCAGAAGGUGGAUGUUUAUGAUGAGGGUUCCUACACUUGCUCGGUUCAGACACAGCAUGAGCCCAAGACCUCCCAAGUUUACUUGAUUGUGCAAGUCCCACCAAAGAUCUCCAACAUCUCCUCGGAUGUCACUGUGAAUGAGGGCAGCAAUGUGACCCUGGUCUGCAUGGCCAAUGGCCGUCCUGAACCUGUUAUCACCUGGAGACACCUUACACCUACUGGAAGAGAAUUUGAAGGAGAAGAAGAAUACCUGGAGAUUCUCGGCAUCACCAGGGAGCAGUCAGGCAAAUAUGAGUGCAAAGCUGCCAACGAGGUCUCCUCAGCGGACGUCAAACAAGUCAAGGUCACUGUGAAUUAUCCUCCCACCAUCACAGAAUCCAAGAGCAAUGAAGCCACCACAGGGCGACAGGCUUCACUCAAAUGUGAGGCCUCGGCAGUGCCUGCCCCUGACUUUGAGUGGUACCGCGAUGACACCAGGAUAAACAGUGCCAAUGGCCUUGAGAUUAAGAGCACGGAGGGCCAGUCCUCCCUGACGGUGACCAACGUCACUGAGGAGCACUAUGGCAACUACACCUGCGUGGCUGCCAACAAGCUGGGGGUCACCAAUGCCAGCCUAGUCCUUUUCAAACGUGUUUUACCCACAAUCCCCCACCCCAUUCAAGGCUCAAAUCAUUUCCUGAGGCCUCUGAAUACUGGGCAGUGACAACAUUUCUUCUCAUCAGCUUACUUGCACAUGGCCCUUCUUCAUAAUGCAAGUGCACCCAGAGAUGCCCUGACAUUGAGAAGGACUGUGGGUUUGGAAUGAGGCAAGGAAACCAGCCUCAGAAAGUUAAAAUGAAGUGAAACGAGGGAAAAGGACAAGGACAAACAACCAUUGUUUUGUUUUUAUGACUCUCAAGCAAAGAAUUCCUUUGAGCUUGGGGCUCUCUGGGCUCAAUCAGCCAAUCCUUUUCUGAUUACUGCCACUUUAAAAACAAAACAAAACAAAUCCUGGAAUGUGUCUCACUUGUUUGCCUCCCAUCUGAUUAUUUAUCCCAAGUGAACAGCCUUUCCAUUCACUAACCCCGUGUGGCAAGUGGGUUUGGGAAAUGUUGAGAUUAUCUUUCAGGUUCAGGCAUGGCACUGGGUUUGUUGACAGCUGCUUGCCAUUCCGUCCCUGUUUUUCCAUUGAUAAAACGCAUUGCACAUGGCUGGGUUUGCAUGAUUAAUACAGCUGUCCAAAGCUUUCUCUGAAAACAAAAAAACACCCCCCCCCCAAAAAAAAUUAAAGUUAAAAAAAUUAAAAUCCAAACCACAAACAAAUCAGGCUUGCAGAAAUCUGGAGUCAGCCUGGCAUGCUUCCUCCAAAGGGAGAGGGAUGUUCUUAUGGGCAUCACAGUAGUCUGGCAUCACAACAGCCGAAUUCUAUCUAUAGUAGAAAGAGGAGAAGUGCCUUCCCUCACCUGGUACUCCCAAGAAUGGGUUCUUGAAAUGGGAUAAAAGGAAAAAUUGAGAAAAACCCUGAACAUAUCCCACACUGUGAAGAUCCCCGGACAAAUCUACAGUUUUAUUUAUUGUCCAUAGGAUAGCAUCCUGGAUAUUAAUAAGAAAAUGCUUCUUUUCAGUUCCUUAAUAUAACAGUAUUUCACCUUGUCUAAUAAGGGUAAUAAUAAUAAUAACAACAACAAUAGCUGACAUAGUGGGCUUCUCAUACCAAUAAAAUUCUAAGGACUUGUGCAUGUAUUAACUCUAUUAAUCCCCACAACUCUAAGAAAGUAACAUGCAUCUUUUCCCACACUUUUUAAUGAUCAAAGGACAUUCAAAUUUCAAUCUACCCCUUGCUGCACCCAGACACAUAUAUAGAUCCAUAGUACAUUAUAAAUAACUGUUAAGUAUACAUUCAUGUUUAUUAAAUAUACAUCUGUCCAAUGAAUUUAAAAGCAUUUAUUUUAUGUAUUAUAAUGUUUAUAACACAAAAUACUCAGUUACUUUGAAUAUCCAUACACUUUUACACAGUCGAUUUUCAAAUAUCCUCAACACACAGAGAGCUGUAUGCCCAACUCACACAGAUUUAUAUGAAAACAUUCAUCUUUAAAAACACGAGCUGAGCUAUCUGGCAUCAGCACAUCUAAUUUCACACAUUUAUUCAGGCUGAUUUACAUACACACCUCUAUUAAUCAUGGAUAAUUACUAGCAUUGUUCUCUGUAAUUCAGUUUUUCCAACUGUGAAAUGGGAAAGAAAUUAUAUUUUUCAUGCCUACAAGCUCAAAGUGGUGUUUUAAAUAAUGUACAAAAGAGAGCUUCAAGUUCCCAGAAAGAAAGCAUAUUGAAUUUAAAAUAAUCAUAUUCAGAUACACAUAUUUCUUAUAAUUUAUAAAAGCACUGAUAUUUAGAGGUACGCUUGUAUCAUAUUGCAUGGACAUUAGCCAGAUAUAAGUUCAGUGUGCCUUCAUUAUAGUUUGCUGCAUUAUGGAUUCCAAGGAUGUCUGAAAUGCCCACGCUGCUACCAAGUUUAAAUAUGGAAGUAUCCCAAGGCCAAAUAAAAAAUGACUUUUUAUUAUUCUUUUACCAAUAUCAUAAUAUUACACUUCAGAGGAGCUGCAAAAUUCCACGGUUCCUUAUUAUGUAGCACCCACAGAUACACUUACACACUUCCAAUGGAUGCCCCGUGCCUGUUAUGCACAUUAGCACAUGUCAUACUAAUCCAAAGUCAUCAACCUAAAGCACUCGCCUUUUUGCUGGUCAAGGGUAGAAAGCGUGUCCUGGGAAGGAUUUCAGUUUUUAAAUAUAUCUCUCCUUUCCCACUAGCUGGCAGAAAAAAAGGGUCUUGUUUCUGCUGAUAGAACCUGGGCAGCCAUGUCAGCACAAAUUUACCAUGAGAUCAUUGGCCUUGAUUAAUACACAGGAAAAUAAUUAGGAGUUGACCUGAAUAACUGAUCCCCUGGCUCCUUUAUUGGGAACAACAGUCUGAUUUCCUCCUGAUUUUCUUUAGUGGUUGGGAAGCAAUUGGGAUAGUUGUACCAGUAUUUCAUAUGGAAUCAGUAAUUCACUUGUUAAUCCAAUGAUUUAGACUCAACUGUAAUAGUGAGGUGUGCUUCUCAUUUCUGAGUCUUACCUCUUCCUGCCUCUCUACUCUUCCUUCUGCUAUAUUUCCUCAAUUGUUCUUAUUCUCUUCCUGUUAAAAUUUGCUAGCAAGAAUAAAUCCGAAAUUUAUUCACACCAUUAUUUAAGUGACCAACAGAGGCUAGAGGUGUUAUUUCUUUCAGAAUUUACAUUUAGCUUUAAGCUAAAUGAAUAAAAAUCCUACAAUGUCAAUUUAAAGAUAGGAAAAUGUUUAGUCCUAGGACUCAUUUCUAAUGCUUUUUCCUUGUUUCCUAGUCUGGAUCUGCCUACACCAGUCAGCCUUUCCUGGUGAUCUUUCUCUACUUACACUUUGCUGUACUAUUUAGAUUUCUGGAGCCAAUAGGAACUUGAAAAUUAAUACUUUUUUUUUGAAAAUCCAAGCAUACUCUAAAUUUUAAUUUGAUGGAAAUAUUGCUCUUCUAUGUGCUUUAUGGAAAAAAAAAAUCUUUCAAAGUAACAAUUACAUUUGGGGAUUAAGUUUAAGUAAUUGGCAGUCUUGUCUUUUUAAUUAAAAGGAAUAAAGCUGCCUAAGAAGAGCUCAGUGAGAUCUGCAGUGAAAAAGUUGGCAUGCUGCCCCAAAGGGUGAGAAGACCAGACUCCUGAAUGGACAGAAAACUGACACAGGCUCCUCCAGUCUUUACAGCUCACCCCAAUGGAGCUUGCCCUUGCUGUUUGUGUCACAUGCCAUUUGGCAUGAGCAUAGCAAUCUGCUGUGGAAAGCACUGCAUGUGGACAGGAAGGAGGUCCUUUUGUUGGGAGCUUAGUUCUGGGAUCAGGGAUAUUGUAUGGAGCUAGAGUUCCUAAAGGAAGUGGUAGUACUUAGAGUCGAAAACAAACAAACAAACAUAUAUUCUGCUAAGUUUUGAAUUCUCAGGACAAUCCCAGCCUCUGACAAAUGUCAUAUCAUAGCACAAAAAGUAUAAACUUUAAUUUUAGUCUUUCCUUUGGCUUCCUCUUUGUUUUUCACCUGAAAUUCCUGUUUCUGAUACCUAUAUUUCUUUAUUUUCUUUUUCUCUACAUUUUCCAUCAUAUUCACCUUGCAUUACAUAUUAUACAUGUUUGCUUUGACAUCCUUCAAACAAAACUAAAGGAGACAUUUUGAUAAUAUUAACACUCACUUUGAAACAUUGAUUACUAGCCAUGCCAGCACCGUAAAGCCAUUAUAUUAUCCCUUCUAUCUGGAGGAAAUAUUGACUUCUGAAGAGGCAAGCUAAAGUUUAGUAGCAACUUCUCUUAACAGUCACUCUAUCCUCAUGAUGUCCUUUCAUCAUCAAAAGUUAUUUUUAGGCAUUAAAUUAGGAGUGCCUUUCUGGGGUGGGGGGAGUAAAAACAAUGUAAGAGAUCCCAUCUUAUACUUGCCCUUAUAUACUGCUGGGAAGAAACACACCUGCCGAGUUAGAACACAGCAUGACAUAAUGAGUUUGGAAUUCCAAUUUAAGGUGUUUGUAUGUACUCAGAUGCAUGAUGGGAGUAGGCACACUGCUCACUAGGGCUCCACGGAGAAUUAUCAGCGUAUAUCCACCACAAAUCAAUGUGGGGAGAGACCUUACAAGUCAUUUAUCAUGCUUCCUAAUUGGACCCUGGGGAGCCAGGCACCACCAUAGUUUACUAUAUGUUUUGCUUAUCAUUGUGCUGAUUGUAUAAGAAAAUGUUCCCCACAUCUUUAUAACACAUAUGUACAUUUAGCGCCUAGACAUUACCACUAACAUAGUACCUUUACAAUAAAUCGUAGCUAUCAGUCCAUUCUACUUUUUAUCUGCCCCAUACUCAGAUAUUCUGGCUUAACUACCCACCUCUAAACCUUGUAGUUGCAGUAUGACAUAUUUUACUGCCUAAGAGGACACCAUUUGGGGCAACAGAAGCAUACUGGGGCUUUAAAAAAGCUGUAAAAGCAGUAGAAGAUAACUGUGCCUUGGCUGAGUGUCCAUUCUGUUUACCAUCCCAUGCUCUUUAGCUCACACAGCAGUAAGCACUCCCAGCCAUGUUCUAUGUUGGAAAGUUGCUUGGCCAUUCUAAAAUGCUCUCUCAACUAUAUAUGGGGGUUUUGUAUGACUUGGAAGUGUGUGUGGGGGGGAGGGUGUUUGGAAGUCAGAAACAGCUAAAAAAGAAAAGAAAAAACAAAGCAGCAAUUUGCCCUUCUCUGUUGAAUCACAAGCUAGAGUAACUUGGGAAAUGUGUUUAUUUUUCUCCCUGGAGUUCCAGAACACAGGUAAGUUCAUCAUUGAAAUCUGUUAAGUGUAGCAGUGCUAAAAAGAUGGAAUGAUCCCAUUCAUUGGAGGCUGGUCUUCUGUUAGUAGAUCAACCUUCCCGUUCUUACUCAUUAAUAGUAUGACUUUUUAUUCUGCACUUAGGUGUACUCUCCACUUACUUUUGCCUUUGCUUUGUAUAGUUUCUUAUAGAGUUCACAUUUUCUUUUCUUUAUGAUUUCUAAUCAUUAGGAACACAAGGAAGAGCCUUCAUUCUUGAUGGGCAGUUAAAACUAGUUUUUGGCACAGGUUACUUUAUUGGAUAUGCACGAUAUUCUGAUAACACCAUUCAUUUACUCAAAGGAAUAUUAUCCUAGUACAUGCUCUGAGCUGAAUCUUGGAGAUGACAAUGGAGAACAAACCAGGUAUAGCCUCAGCGCUAAUAGAGUUUACAGACCAGAUGGAAAAAAUACACAAUGAAGCAAGCAACCACAGUAAACCUGAUUAAGUUCAUGCUAGGCUACCUGCCAGGUGUUUGGGGAGAAAAGAGCAGGGCACUUUAGCCAUCCUAGGCUAGGCAGGGAAGGCUUCCAGGUGAAAGUGAAGUUUAAAAAGAAAAAAGGGGAGAAUCGAGGAAAAAGCAGAUCAUCCCAGUGCAUCCAAAGGUCUAGAAUCCAGAAAGAACUUAACUGAUAGGGAUUUGACAUUAAGUCUAAUUAAUUUUGAAGUCUAGAAAAAAAAA